GCGACGACUACUUCGCUAGUACUGCAUCCCUCUGCGCACACUUCAUGCCCUCCAGUCCUCUGGCACAGAUCCGCCGCCUUGACUCUGGACCUGACAAAGCUUUGGUGUUCGCAGCCCUGUUUGCUCCCGCCAGCUCCCAGCGACCCCAUGCCAAAGUCCAGUCGACCAUCGCCUCACUGUUCACACCCACCGGCAAAGGCCAACGCACCGACGCGCCUUCCUAUUCCCAGACUCCCAAGUCUACGACACGAGUCCACGAUUCAAAAAAGCGCGCCCAGCCCGAUGACACUUCGUUCGCGCUGGAGCCAGGUCCCUCGAAGCGAACGCGGUUGCAGGCGGCGGCACCUCUCGCAGAGAGGCUACGUCCACAGUCGCUCGACGAAUUCGUCGGACAGCCCCACCUCACAGGGCCAGACUCGCUCCUGAUGCACCUGAUGGAUACUGGAUCCACGUUGCGGAAAGACGACGCUCGCUCGGUUGCUGGCGGGCGUACGAACGCAGUGUUCAAGGAGCUCAGCGCGACGGACUCGGGGGUUGGAGAGGUCAAAGCAGUCGCGGAAGAGGCAAAACGAUUCCUCGCUCUCACCGGGAGACGGACCAUUCUCUUCUUGGACGAAGUGCAUCGGUUUAACAAGGCACAACAGGACAUCUUUCUGCCGUAUCUCGAACAUGGACAUCUUCAACUCAUAGGCGCGACGACUGAGAACCCGUCCUUCAAGCUGACCGGCGCGUUGAUCAGUCGGUGCAGGGUAUUCGUCUUGGAGCGUCUCACGGACGAAGAUAUCCGCAAAAUUGUCACGCAGGCCGUCGAGCGAGUUUCUGUCUCUACGGCUGACGCGCCAGUUAUCGAUGUAGAGGACAUCCCCAGCUCCCAACCGGAGGAAGAUCCUCUUACAGAGCUCCCCUCCUCUCUUUCCUCAACUGUCACGGUCUCUGAUGGCCCCGUGCCGCCUUUUCCUUCGUACCCUCAGCUCACUCCCAAGCUCAUAUCCUCCAUCAUCUCCCUCGCCACAGGCGACGCGCGUACUGCACUCUCCCUGCUAGAGCUGGUCGUCACAGCGCCUCCCACGUCCUCCCCGGACGCGUUGCUAGAUGCGCUCCGCCGAUCCGUCUCGACGUCGUACGAUCGUACGGGGGAGAGCCACUACGACAUGAUCAGCGCACUGCACAAGAGCGUGCGGGGCAGUCAGCCCACCGCUGCGCUCUACUGGCUCGCACGCAUGCUUACUGCAGGCGAGGAUCCGCUGUACAUCGCACGGCGGAUGGUCGUGUGUGCGAGCGAGGACAUCGGGCUCGCGGACAAUCAUGCCCUGCCACUGGCAAUGGCGGCGCUGCAAGCCUGUCAAGUCAUAGGCAUGCCAGAAUGCCGUAUCAACCUCGCGCACCUCAUUUCCUACUUGGCCGAAGCGCCGAAGUCGACGCGAGCGUACGAAGGCUACAAACGCGCGGAGGAGGCCGCCAAGUCAGACCCGACUGUGCCUGUACCUCUACCUGUUCGGAAUGCACCUACGAGGCUCAUGAAGGAGCUCGGGUACGCGCGGGGAUAUUGUUACAACCCAGAAUAUGUACAUCCUGUUACAAAUGAUUAUCUGCCACCUCAAUUCAAAGAUCAGGUAUUUCUGAAGCCUGCAGGUGAUCUGUCUGGAAAAACAUGGGAUGAAGAUGCUCUGUGUAGAUGGGAAUUAGAGGAAAAUAAUGGGGUGCCUUGGGAAGGAAGGCAAAAUGCUGCCUAGCAGCAGGCUGCAGAGACUGGAUUGGAUCAACCUACAUACUGCUGACACCCAAUCUCCUGAGGGUGUCAUUGACAUUCUGGAUUCUCCUAUAAUGCUGACACACUG